AUGACAGCAAAGACUGGAGUACGCUUCGAGGAGGCUGAGAAUAAGAAAUGUGUCAUUUUGUCGUCAAUAGCCGCGGUCUCCACCCUUUUAUCAUGCCUGGCGUACGGCUGUCCGAUUUUGAUGGGAUUGCUGGUGAUACUGGCGGUCUACCUGAUGACGGGAAAUCGGUACCAGUGGGUGUACAUAUGGAGCAAGACGUACAAAAGGGACAUGACCGGCCUGAAGGUCCUCCUAGCCACAAUGUUCAGGAUAUGGGUGUGGGAGCGGCGAGGCACCACGGUGGUCACGCGGUGGGCGGAGGUCGCCGAGAUGGAGCCGGACAAAAAGGCUUUCGUCAUGGGCGACAGAUACUUGACGUUCCGUGAGGGCGACGAAUUCAGCAACCAGAUUGCGUGGUACUUCAAGCGGCGAGGCUUCAAGACGGGCGAGGUGAUUGCACUCUUCAUGGAGACCCAGCCGGAGUACGUGUUCAUCUGGCUGGGCCUGGCUAAGAUCAGGGUGACCACGGCGCUGAUCAACUCCAAUCUGAGGGGUGCCCAGUUGAUACACUGCCUGAAGAUAGCUGGCUGCAAGGCGGUCGUGUUCGGUGAUGAAAUGGCUGACGCCAUUAAGGAGAUACAGCACGAGAUACAAGACAUGCCAUUGUUUCAAUUCAACUCACCGGACCGCACGUCCGCCGCCAUUCUUCCGAGCACCGCGCCUCUAGCUACUGAAUUGGCGGAGAUGUCAACAGAACCCUACACGGACUUAGACCCCGCAAAGCCUAGAGACACUCUAAUGUACAUCUACACGAGUGGCACCACCGGUUUUCCCAAAGCCGCUAUCAUCACAAAUAUCAGGUACCUUCUGAUUCCGCUUGGGGUCCACAACUCCGCCCAUCUGUCGUCGAGCGACGUGGUGUACGACCCACUUCCGCUGCACCACACCGCCGGCGGCGUGCUCGGCGCGGGCCAGGGUUUGGUGCUGGGCUGCACCGUGGUCCUGAGGAAGAGGUUCUCCGCCUCCAACUACUGGAGCGACGCCGCUAAGCACGGAUGUACGGUGGCGCAAUAUAUAGGGGAGAUCUGCCGUUACUUGCUCACCGUCCCCAAAGGGCCGAACGACCGCGCUCACAAGGUCAAAGUGAUCGUCGGCAACGGACUUCGACCGCAGAUCUGGCAAGAGUUCGUCGACAGAUUCGGCGUGGAGAGGGUCCUCGAGUUUUACGGUGCGACUGAAGGCAAUAGUAAUCUCGUGAACCUUGAUUCGAAGGUAGGGGCCAUCGGCUUCCUUAGUCGUCUGGUGUCAUCUAUUUAUCCACUAACGCUUGUGAAGUGCGACGAGAUUACUGGUGAAAUAUUAAGAGAUGAGAACGGAAGGUGCAUCACUUGUGGACCACAUGAACCUGGUCUGCUGCUCGGGAAGAUCGACCCGAAGAAGGCGAUCCUGACAUUCUCCGGCUACGCAGACAAGACUGCGUCGGAGAAGAAGAUGGUGCGCAACGUGCGAGUGGAGAAUGACUGUUACUUCAACACUGGAGACAUUCUCGUCAUGGACCACUACGGCUAUUUCUAUUUUAAGGAUCGCACUGGUGAUACAUUUCGAUGGUGCGGUGAAAACGUUUCCACAGCUGAGGUUGAAGGGGUGAUCAGCAAUUUAGUUGGCCUUAAAGACACAGUCGUUUACGGUGUAACAAUACCGAACGUGGAGGGGAAAGCCGGCAUGGUCGCGAUCGCUGAUAAAGAAAAUAAACUGAGACUCGAAGAGCUGGCCGAAGGUCUCAGUUUUUCUCUGCCGGCAUACGCCAGGCCUCUGUUCCUCAGAAUCCUGCCGGAGCCGCCCCUCACAGCGACAUUCAAGCUGAAGAAGAAGGAACUCAUAGAGCAGGGGUACAACCCUGGUCUACAUGGUGACCCGAUGUAUUUCCUGGACAAGAAGAGCCGAUGCUACCUACCGUUGACGGAGAAGCUAUACGAUGACAUCGUCCAGGGGAACGUCAAGCUG